CUUCUAUGAGCGUGUAGUGGGGGACAAUCCAAGGGGGCAGCACACUGCGCUCAGUAGCAAGUUAUUCGACAGAGCGAUUCCGUCGUACGACUUCCCAGACUCAUAAAACAACGAAAAUCAAACAGACAGAGUGAUACAGUUUUGUCGGCGAAAAUGUAUUUGUGUGACCCGGACAACUGGAGGAGGUGGUGCAACUUUUAUGCGUGAUGAACUGAACGAUCCUGCUCGAGCGAAGGGGUGAAACAAACACCUCCAGUGAUACAAACAAGACUGUUAUUAUUACUACCACUAUUAUUAUUGUUAUUUUAAACUAGUGAAUCGUACAUAACACUGCCAAAACAUGUUUAAAUUAUUGGGAGGACUGAGGACGUACCUCAAGUACCAGGACAUCGUGACCGACUGUGCGAUAUUCAGAUUGCACAACCUCUUCACCACCGCACUGUUGAUGGCCUGCAGUUUGAUCAUCACCGCAUCUCAAUAUGUCGGCAAUCCGAUCCAAUGCAUCGUAUCUGGGGUGCAAGUGCAUGUCGUCAACACCUUUUGCUGGAUCUCGUCCACUUUCACGAUGCCGGACGCGUACCGAAGACAGGUUGGCAUGGAGGUGCCGCACCCCGGCAUCGACAACGACUUCGACGACAAGAACGCCCAAAAAUACUACACCUACUACCAAUGGGUCUGUUUCGUGCUGUUCUUCCAGGCUGUAGCAUGUUACGUACCGAAAUUUCUGUGGGAGAUUUUCGAAAACGGCCGCAUGAGAAUGUUGGUCAUGGGCUUGAACAUCGGUGCUUGCCACGAGAACGAAAAGAACGCCAAGAAGGAGAUCCUGAUUGAUUAUUUGAUCCAGCACAAUAAGAAACACAAUCUCUACGCUUUGAGAUACUGGGCGUGCGAGUGCCUGUGUCUGGUGAACAUCCUGGUGCAGCUCUACGUGAUGAACAGAUUCUUCGACGGCGAGUUUCUCUCGUACGGCUGGAAGGUGAUGCACUUCUCCGAAGAGGCCCAGGACGACCGCGUCGACCCCAUGGUGUACAUCUUCCCCCGCGUCACCAAGUGCAUCUUCCACAAGUACGGUCCGUCCGGCAGCAUCCAGAAGCACGACAGUCUGUGCAUCCUGCCUCUGAACAUCGUCAACGAGAAAACGUACAUCUUCAUCUGGUUCUGGUUUAUGAUUCUGGCCACGCUGCUCACCAUCUUGGUCGCCUACAGGAUAGUGAUCAUUUUGUUCCCGAAACUGAGGCCGAAGAUCUUGCACGCCAAAAACAAGAGCAUCCCGAUCGAGGUUUGCGAGGCGCUGACCAGGAAAGUCGGACUGGGCGACUGGUGGAUUCUGCUGAUGUUGGGCACGAACAUGGAUUGCCUGAUCUACAGGGAGAUCAUAUCCGAGUUGGCCAAGAAAAUUGAGACGAAUGCGAGCAAUCAGCAUUGACGUUGAUUCACCAAGUGGCGAAUCGGCGCUUCUUUUUGGGACCACGGACUAAUUUUGUUACUGUUACACAUUGGAGGGUUGUGAAUGAGAGCAAUAAAUUUUACACUGUUUUGUGUUCUGAUAUAGAUACGGUGCAAAUCAUUAAGUAAUUAAUAAUUUUAAAACGUUACGAAGGAAAACAUAUUUUUAUAUAAAGUUUUUGAUAAUUAUACAAGUAGAUGUUUUGGGCCUGAAAUGUGUUGGUUCGCCUGCAGUAGUUAAGAAUUCUCGACACGGUGAAGUACAAACUGAAUCUACAAAUUUGCAUUUUAUUUCUGAUUUUUUACCUAGGAUGUAAUUGCAACAAUCUCCUAAUUUUAUUAUAUAUUUUGUACGAUUAUUAUCUGAGUAGAGUGAGUUAUUUAUAUAUAUUUUUUAACAGUUUUCAUUCCAUGGCAAUAGGCUAGUCCGAAAUUCCACUGAUAUUUUUAUUAUCAUUGUAAUCUGUGAUCUGCUGGCGAAUUUAGUUGCCACUGAUAAAAAAUUUGCCUUACAUGCAGACUGUAUUAUUGUGUUAGGUACUAUUAACUUUUUACAUAUCGAUUUGUAAAUUUAUACGAGUUUUUAGAAAGUAUAUUUUGCUAUAAUGCACUUUAUACAUAUAAUAUGUAGUUUUUACUGUAUAUUAAAUAAAGAUUUUUUAAAAAACUAA